AUGAUCUAUGGACGCAGUUUGUUUCACAUUGUAGCAAGUUUAAUCAUCUUCCAUUUGUCUGGGGCGACCAAGAAAGGAACAGAGAAGCAAACCACCUCAGAAACUCAGAAGUCAGUGCAGUGUGGGACUUGGACAAAACAUGCAGAGGGAGGUAUUUUUACCUCUCCCAACUACCCCAGCAAGUACCCCCCUGACCGAGAGUGCAUCUACAUCAUAGAAGCUGCCCCAAGACAGUGCAUUGAACUUUACUUUGAUGAAAAGUACUCUAUUGAGCCGUCUUGGGAGUGCAAAUUUGAUCAUAUUGAAGUUCGAGAUGGACCUUUCGGAUUUUCUCCAAUAAUUGGACGUUUUUGUGGACAACAAAACCCACCUGUAAUAAAAUCCAGUGGAAGAUUUCUAUGGAUUAAAUUUUUCGCUGAUGGAGAGCUGGAAUCUAUGGGGUUUUCAGCUCGAUACAAUUUCACACCUGAUCCUGACUUUAAGGACCUUGGCGUUUUGAAACCAUUACCAGCAUGUGAGUUUGAGAUGGGCGGCCCAGAAGGAAUUGUGGAGUCUGUACAGAUUAUGAAGGAAGGCAAAGCUUCUGCCAGCGAGGCCGUGGAUUGCAAGUGGUACAUCCGGGCACCUCCACGAUCCAAGAUCUACCUACGUUUCUUGGACUACGAGAUGCAGAAUUCCAAUGAAUGCAAAAGGAACUUUGUGGCCGUGUAUGAUGGGAGCAGUUCCGUGGGGGACCUGAAGGCUAAGUUCUGCAGCACCGUGGCCAAUGAUGUCAUGCUCCGCACAGGUCUUGGGGUCAUCCGCAUGUGGGCCGAUGAGGGCAGUCGAAACAGCAGAUUUCAGAUGCUGUUCACAUCCUUCCAAGAACCUCCCUGUGAAGGCAAUACAUUCUUCUGCCAUAGCAACAUGUGUAUUAACAAUACACUGGUCUGCAAUGGACUCCAGAACUGUGUGUAUCCUUGGGACGAAAAUCAUUGUAAAGAGAAGAGGAAAGCCAGCCUGCUGGACCAGCUCACCAACACCAGUGGGACUGUCAUUGGAGUGACUUCCUGCAUUGUGAUCAUCCUUAUUAUCAUUUCUGUCAUUGUGCAGAUCAAACAGCCUCGUAAAAAAUAUGUGCAAAGGAAAUCGGACUUUGACCAGACAGUUUUCCAGGAGGUGUUUGAACCUCCCCAUUAUGAGUUAUGCACUCUCAGAGGGACAGGACCUACAGCUGACUUUACAGAUGUGGCAGAGGACUUUGAAAACUACCACAAACUGCGGAGAUCCUCUUCCAAGUGUGUUCACGACCACCACUGUGGGUCCCACGUGUCCAGUACGAAGGGCAGCCGCAGUAACCUCAGCACAAGAGAUGCUUCUGUCUUGACGGAGAUGCCCCCACAGCCCAUCAAACCCCUCAUCCCGCCCAUGAACAGAAGAAAUAUCCUCGUCAUGAAACACAGCUACUCGCAGGAUGCCGCAGAUGCCUGUGACAUCGACGAGAUUGAGGAGGUGCCCACGACGAGUCACAGGCUGUCCCGACACGACAAAGCCGUGCAGCGGUUCUGCCUCAUUGGGUCUCUAAGCAAACAUGAAUCUGAAUACAACACAACUAGGGUCUAA